CUUCACAAUCUAGAAUAGCAAGGGAAAAAGAAAAAAAAAAAAGAACACCUCUCUUGUCUCCUCUCUUUCCCUAACUUCUCAAAGCCAUGGCACCAACCAUGAAGGUGAUCUUGGUGAUUGCCUUGACCAUGGCUUUGAGCGUCGCCAUCACCAUGCGAACCUUCGUCGAAGAAACGGAGGAGAAGCUGCCAUUCGAACGCAUGGACGCCCCAAAGACAUCCGACGCGUCUGCCGAGAUCGUCCUGCCUUCUAAGAGAGUGAGCCGCUUCCUCGCUGACACCCCGAACCCGAGAGCUGCGGACCACUGCAACAAGGACGGCGAGAUCUGCUCGGCCGUGGGCGAAAACUACACCUGCUGCAACAACAAAUGCGUCGACCUGUCCAACGACAAGAACAACUGCGGCCAAUGCAAGAGCAAGUGCAAGUACACGAGCUCGUGCUGCAGCGGACGGUGCGUGGACUUGACCUACGACAAGAGGAACUGCGGAAGCUGCGGCAACCGGUGCCCGACAGGUGACUUCUGUUUCUACGGAAUGUGUAAUUACAAUGGCUAGGGUGGUGGUCCUUUUUGGGUCCGUUAUAUGAGGGUUGGCUCAUCAUAUUAUUCUUAUUGCAAUAAAAGAACCACAUUGGUUUGUGGUUAAGGUUUAUACGUAUGGAAAAGAAAAGAAAAGAAGCACAAACAUGCUUUUUACUUCUUUGCAAACGUUCUCUUCAGUUGUAAUGCUAUCCUGAUUGCUGAACUUUAAGUAAUGUAUGUCUAUGUAUCCUCUGUUGCCUGUGGUUAUCCAUUAUUUAACUUCGAGUC